GAUAACCUUAACCCUGAAUCUCAAGACCGUUGCCAACUGUUUCAACCGACUGGAAACAUCAGCUAAUAGCAAACCGAAUUAGUUCGACAUGCUGAUUAGAUAGAAAGGGAAAAUGCAGCCACCAGAAUUAGUUCGUGGUUCAGAUACGAGUUUUACCUGUUCGAACACUGUCACCUUCAAACGACGAUGCCUUUUGUGCUUUUUCUGCUGGUUCUUGUGGGGCUGAGCCCGUCAGCGCUUUCAUUGGAGUGUAAAUCAUGCGAAUCAACCCUCGGAUGGGAUGACUGCCAGGCAAACGUUUUCCUGGAAGACUGUGCCACCAUCAGCCCCAAUGAAACCGACCAGGUUCAUCAAUGUUUCCAGCUGGAGGAGAUAGAUCCCGCGACGAAUACGGUUCGCUACCGGCAAGGUUGCACCGGGGACGCUGCAUUCUGUACGGCGCGCCUUCCGGGUAGCAUAAAGCAGUGUUCCCUCUGUACGGAUGAUAGUAACUCUAGCGAGUGCACCUCAUUGGUGCAUCGUGUGCGAAAGACAUCCGACGGAAAGUUGGUUGACGUGGUCGAUACGAUCCACUUCCAACGGACCGAAGCGGACGUGGAACCGGCUACAUCGGGGGGACGGGCGGCAGCUAAUUCAUCGACCACGAUUGAUAUUGCCUCCCGGAAGAACGACACCAACGAGUCGUUUUUGGUUAAAAUGAAGAAUGAGGAAAGUUCCGAUCAGGACAAGACCCGCAUCAAGCUGACCAAGCUGGCGGACAGCCCGAUAAUCAACAUCACCACGGCGGAGCCAACCAAGAGCACCACCGCGCGGAACCGCCCUUGUCAUCGGGAUUUCGAUCAUCCUUCUCGUUCUGGAGGAUCUCGUUCUACCGAAGCUGCAGAAGCUUCAACUACUGUUGGUCCGUAUGGUCCAAUAGUUGCGACCGGUCCACCUCCCCCCAAAACAUCCGGAUCAUUUCGUUUGAAUGAAGGAGGUCAAAUUUGGGUAACAGGACUGUUGAUGGCGGUCAGUUGUUUCAAUCUUGCUAGGUAAGAAUAAACAAUGGAAUUUCAGUUUUUCCAACACUGCAUAAAUUGAUUCGAUAAAUAAAAAGUUUCUAUCUUGCAA